UCGCGAGAACUUGCUGGCGGCCAUCUUGCGCCUGUCCGCAGACCCGGCCUCCGGUGGAGGUCACUGGCGGGCUGUGGCUGCGGUGGGGACGUUUGCUGACCAUGUUGUCCCGGGUGGCAGUCUCCGCCGUCGGCGCCGCGGCUCCCUGUCUGAAGAACGCAGCCCUCCUAGGACCGGGGGUAUUACAGACAAAAAGAAUCUUUCACACUACGCAGCCAAGUUUUGCCCCUCUACCACCUCUUCCUGAAUAUGGAGGAAAAGUACGUAUGGGGCUAAUUCCAGAGGAAUUCUUCCAGUUUCUUUAUCCUAAAACUGGUGUAACAGGACCCUAUGUGCUUGGAACUGGGCUUAUCUUGUAUUUUCUAUCUAAAGAAAUAUAUGUGAUUACUCCAGAGACCUUCUCUGGCAUAUCAUUACUAGGAUUAAUGAUCUAUGCUAUUAAAAAGUAUGGAGCUUCGUUUGCAGAAUUUAUUGAUAAAAUCAAUGAGCAAAAAAUUGCCCAACUAGAAGAGGUGAAACAGGCUUCUAUCAAACAAAUCCAGGAAGCAAUUAAUACAGAGAAGUCACAGCAGGCACUGGUUCAGAAACGCCACUACCUUUUUGAUGUCCAAAGGAAUAACAUUGCUAUGGCCUUGGAGGUUACUUACCGGGACCGGCUGCAUAGAGUAUACAAGGAGGUAAAAAAUCGCUUGGACUACCAUAUCUCUGUGCAGAAUAUGAUGCAUCAAAAGGAGCAAGAACACAUGAUAAACUGGGUGGAGGACCGUGUGAUACAGAGCAUCUCUGCACAGCAGGAAAAGGAGACAAUUGCCAAGUGUAUCACAGAUCUAAAGAUGCUUGCAAAGAAGGCUCAAGCACAGCCAGUUAUGUAAAUGAAUCUCCCAACAGAAAUCUCUAAAAAAGUUAACUGAAUGGAAAUUAGUCUAUGUGCAAAAUCUUUCUGUAUUACUAUCUGUGGAAAUCAGUUUACCUUUCUUACAAAGGAAAAGUUCAAAUUUUAUUUAGUGAACUAACUAUUG